AUGCCAUCUCUAUGUCAUUCAAUCAUUGCUCGCAUUUUCAAAGUCAUUGAAGAAAUUAUUCCGUUUAGACAGCCACGUAACAGCACUGAUUUGGAUGCAGUGAACUGCAACAAGACUUCACAGGAUGCAUAUAAUAUCACAGCAGACACUGUUCUCUUCCUCAGAGGCCUGCUGGUCACACGCCUCAUGCCCUCAUUUUACAUCAUCAUCAUCCUCAUUAGUUUUCCCCUGAAUGCUUUGGCCCUAGUGACGUUCACCUGUAAGAUUCGACAGAAGAAACCAGCUGUGAUCUACAUGUCUCACCUGGCAUGUGUGGACAUGCUCUUUACCCUGCUGCUGCCUCUGAAGAUCCACUACCAGCUGAAUGCUUCAGAUUGGGUGUUCGGUGAGGCGGCGUGUCGUGUGAUCAGUGCAGCUUACUACUGCUACAUGUACUGCUCCAUACUGCUGAUGAUGAGCAUGAGUGUGGACAGGCUGCUGGCCGUGGUGUUUCCCAUCGCCUCUCUGACCUGGAGGAGCGCAAGGAAAGCUACAUGUAAGUGUGUGCUGGUCUGGCUGCUGGCGCUCGCUGGUACAGUGCCACUUCUCUUCAUAACACAAACAUUCAAGAUAAAGGAUGUGGGCAUCACCUGCCAUGAUGUGCUGUAUCACACACAGGUGUAUGCAUACCUGUUCUCCAUCCUCUCCUGCCUCUACUUCUUCUUGCCUCUGGUCAUCACCUUAGUGAGUUACUCUACCAUAAUAUAUGUGCUCACUACCAAGAAUGAUCACUUGGCAACAUCAUACCCAGACAAGCGAAGGAGAGCUGUGAUUAUGGCUAUCGGUGUGCUGAGUGAGUUUGUAAUGUGCUUUGCACCAACAAAUGGCAUCUUGUUGUACCACUGUGUUCGUUUAGCCACUGGAAGCAGCAGUGAGGAGGGGAAACACUACCUGAUGGCUGUGUGUUUGGGGAGCGCAAGUGUUUUUCUGGACCCUCUGUUAUAUUACUAUGGCUCGUCUCAAUGCAGACAGCAGAUCAGCUCUCUGAUCUGGUGGAGGAAGACAAAAAGCACAACCACACCAUCAAACACAAACAGUCAAACAAAAUCCUCCAACCUGAGCUGCGAGUACAGUCAGGCUUGCGUUCAGGUGUGA